UAACAUCUCAUCUUAAUACUCAUAUACUUUCAUUCAUAUUAAUAUAAACUUACACUACAAAACACAAUUGUGUGUAAAAAUUGGAUUUGAAAACCUUAUUAUAGUUAAUAUUUUUUAAAUAGUCUAUUUAUUAUCAAAGUUUUGGAUUUGAUCAGUAAGAAACUUGUUUUUAAACCCUAAACCCCAAGUCGUCGGAAUUCGGUCAGAAUAUACCGAUGGAAUUCCGACGACCUGCCCCAUUCCGACGGAUAUAUGUUCGUCGGAAUUCCGUCGGUUUGUUAGUUUCCCGAAAUUACAAACCGCGUGAAAAUUUCGAGUGGACCGCGUGAAUAUUUCAUUAAACCGCGCAUUUAAUAUUUUAUUCUUUUUCCGACGACAUACCGACGGACACGGGUCCGUCGGUUCCUUUAAAUAAAAACCAAUCCUUCUUCCUUCUUCACUAUUUUCGCCUCUAUCUCUAAAUCCUCUCCGUUUUCUCUCUCUUCUCCGGCGAUUCUCACCGCGAAUCCGGCGUCCCCACCUCCGUGAAUCCAUCCCACCAUGUCUGAUGAUUCGAGUGCUCGUCAGCGUGCCCGACCUCGUCGUUCCGCACCCCGUGGCCGAGCUAGUUCGGUGAGCAGUUCCCGUGCAUCGGGUUCGUCGUCUCACGAACAAAACUCGGUUCCUGUCGCUCCGGCUCCCGCUCCGGCUCCCGCUCCGGCUCCCGCUCCAGCUCCUGCAGCCGCUCCACAUGACCCGGGGGUCAUGCCAGUUGAAAUAUUGGUUCAACAACCAGGUCGAGAGCAUCUCCCGUUUCUCGAACAAUACCCACGAAUGGGACACUCGACUUGGUUCAACAAGUCGACCAGUGGGAUUAGCGGGAGCAUCACCCAGAUGAUGUAUUCGAUGCUCCAGACGGGAUAUGACAAGUGGACUUCGAUCCCUUCCGCGGAAUGCGAGUUGUGGUUUCGUCAGUUCGCGGCAACUAUUAAGUUUUUUUUUUAAACAUUUUUAAAUUUUUUAUAUUUUAUAUGUACUAAUCAAAUCGUGUGUUUUUUGUAGCAAGAAUUUACUUGGGACUCCGGCCUGACGGAAACAGUCCGUCAGGCAUUCAGCCGCAAAGCCCAGACCGUCUACACGAAGCAGAUCUACGAGUGGAAGCAAGUAUGGCUGGAUGAGAGGAAGCCCCGGUUACUUAGCGGGACGGUGUGGACCCAAUUGAUCCAGCACUGGGAGAAGGAAGAGACUAUAGAGAAGUCUCUACAGAACUCCGCCAACCGGAAGAGCGAUCGUGGCGGGAAAGGUAUUUACGUGCACAACCUCGGCGCUUGCAGUAUGUCCUCUAAGAAGGAU